AUGUCAACCGAAACACGCGAGUCCGCCAUGAGUGGAAACAAGGGACCUGUGUCUGAAGAUGUCUACGAGCAACCGCAGGGUCUCUCGGACUCCCGAGAGUUGGACGAGAUCGACCCCAGUGAGUUCAGUCAAGAAAACAUCGAACGUAUCUACAGUAAACUGGAUUGGCGCAUCAUUUCUGCCUUUUGGGUCAUCUAUUUCAUGUGCUCGGCCAUUCGGUCGAACAUUGGGCUGGCGCAGACCAUGAACGAGGACUCCGGCCAUGAUCUUGCAAGUGUGCUACACCUGAAUAAACACCAGAUCUCGACCGGUCUCGCGCUGUUCUACGUCUGCUAUGUGGUGUUCGAUCUUCCUUCUAACCUGGUCAUGACCCGGUUGAGUCCUCAUGUUUGGAUGAGCCGCAUUGUGAUCAGCGUUGGACUGAUUGGUACUUGCAUGACGGCGAUGAAGGCCGUCUGGAGCUUCUAUCUCCUUCGUCUCUUGCUCGGCAUUGUCGAAGCCGGCCUGUGGCCUGGUAUGACCUACUACCUCACCCUCUUCUAUCCGCCAUCUCGAAUCGGCAAACGUAUUGGUCAGUAUUUCACCGCUGCGCAAGUCUCAGCUGCCGUUGUCGGUCUUGUCUCCGCCGGCUUCCAGAAAAUGGAUGGUUUGCAGGGGUAUGUUGGGUUCCAGUGGAUGUUCCUGCUGUGGGGUGUCAUCACCAUCGCUCUGGGUUUCGUUCAGCUAUGGUGGCUGCCAGACCGUCCGAUCGCCCCAGGCGAGCCAAUUCCUGAACGCCACUAUCUCCUGCGCUGGUUGCCCCAGAGCACCCCAGCCCUGACAGGUCGGGAUGCGGUAAUCCAUUAUCACGACAUGAAGCGCGCGUAUCACAGUUCGAAGUGGAAUAUGCGGGACUUGCUGCAUGUUUUCAUGGACUGGAGGUUGUGGCCUUUGCUUGUCAUGUAUUUCGGUGUUGUGGGUGUGGGUAUUGGCACGCAGCUGUACGCCAACGUGAUCAUUGCGGCUAUCAAUCCAUCGCUGAACGGUGUUGACCUGAGCUUGCUCACUGCUCCUAUCUGGAUUAUGGAUCUUAUUGCUAUUCUACUCGUCACUCCGCUUUCAGAUCGCUUCCACCGCCACCGCGCUCUUUUCUUUUCCAUUCCAGUCUUGCUCCAGAUCCUCGGCCUGCUGCUGACCAGCUACGCGGGUGCUGAUGAGAACCCCUGGCCCCGGUACGGUGGACUUUUGAUAGUUGGUUUCGGUCUCGGACCAACUGUGCCUAUCACCAUGACGUGGACUGCAGAGAUCUUCCAGCCGCGCCACGGCGAGGUCGGCGUUGCAGCUGCCUCGGCCGUUGUCUCUGGGUGGGGCAACCUCGGCAGCAUAUUGACAACCUAUGCGCUGUACUCUGGAUGGAAGAGCGACUACGAAGCUCCUGGGCGGCAAAAGUACCGCAAGAGUAACCUGGUCAUGAUUGGCAUCUUGAUUGCGAGUAUCCUGGCUGCGGUGGUCAUGGAGCUUCUUCUUCGCUAUGUGGACAAGUGGUAUGAUGAGCCUGUGGAGGAUGACGAGGGCAACACUAUCGACUUCGCACGUCGCCGUGAAGUGAAGCAGCGGGGGCUCCACGGGUUGGGAGCAGGCCUGUUCGGGUGGGCGAGACGAGGCAAGGCCAACCUCGAGUGA